UCUAUCCCUCCUGGGAGGAGGAUUUUGCCUGAGGAUGUGGGGUGGGUGGGGAGCCUGCCUCCUCCCUUUGCUCCGACAGCAGAAAAGGAGGGGUUCCCACCCCUUUGUAAGACUGCUGCCCGAGCUCUGCCCUCACACAGACACAGCUGGUCUCAGCCACUGGUCCACAGUUCUGACGGGAGCCCUUUGAACUGGUUGGCAGCAAGCGACAUGGCAGAGGAACUGUCUAAAGAGCAGGUGGCUGACUUCAAGGCGGCCUUCACCAGGUUCGACAAGGACGGGGAUGGCAAAAUCAACGUGGAGGAGCUGGGCGCCGUCAUGAAGGCCCUGGGCCAGAACCCAUCGGAGGCCGAGCUGAAGGAGCUCAUCGCCCGGGUGGACACUGACGGUGAUGGUGCCAUCAGUUUCCAGGAGUUCUUGGCCGAGAUGGUGAAGAGGAUGAAGUCCUUUGGCGGUGAGCAGGACAUGAAGGAGGUCUUCCGAGCCUUCGACCUGGACGGCGAUGGCCACAUCACCGUGGACGAGCUCAAGAAGGCCAUGGCCCAGAUAGGGCAGAAUCUCUCCCAGGAGGAUCUGGAGGCCAUGAUCCGGGAGGCGGACGUGGACAAGGAUGGCCGGGUGAACUAUGAGGAGUUCUCACGAAUACUCAGCCAGAAGUGAGGUCCCAUCUGGUGUCUCCUCUGCUUGACUCUGGUUCUGUGGCCCCUGCUUGUGCCCUGGGGACACAGAGGGAGUCUGGGUGGUGGGACACCUUGCCUCUCUGGGCCUGGGUUCUGCGCUGUUGGGAUACCCUCUGUGCCUAGGGGGCCUAGGGCUUCUCCUGUGAAUAGGGGUGCUCCCUACCUCACAGGGCUGUUGUGAGGAACCCCAAAGUCAAGUGGUGACCCAAAUAAAAGGAAUGUGAGCUCCAAGGGUGGUGCACUGGUGCUUGAAUGUUUGAAGGGUCCCAAAGGGUGGCAUGUGGGAUUCUUUUGAGUGUCUACCCCUUUCACUGGUUCCCAGUGGGAGAACCAACCUGAACAGGCCAGAUGUCAGCCUGUUCCUCUCUUCGUGGUCUGGGUGAGGAGUGGAAGAGGCAUGGUUCUUUGUCUGAGCUUCUGGGCUAAGGUCAGAGUAUGGACCCCAGAACUGGGACACUGCUUCCAGCACAAACAAUAAAGUUGACCAUGCUUUGAAUACA